AUGCCAUCCUUUGGCACCACCACCAGAGCCGCUAUUGUGCGGGACGUCUGCUUGCGCUGCCAGUUUCGCUUGCUGCUGGCCUCCCGGGCUCACGCCCGUCAAGGGCACAUAAGAUGGAGUAGCAGUUUCCCUGGGGUAGGCGGCAGCAGCGCAGCUCCUGUCGGGGGAGAACCACAUGAACCAAGUCCCAAUGGAAUGCCCUCUGUUCAACAGCCCGCGAGCGAGGGAUCACCAUCAUCAUACCCUUCGCCUCUCCAGCGCCCCUCCUCGCGGAAGUCGUCUUCCCUGGCAAUGUUUCAGAGCAUCGUUGAGAGCCAGGCCAAGGGCCCGAUCAACAGCCAAGUCAACUCAGCUCCGACCUCUGACACGCCGCCGGUCGCUUCAGGAGGAGCAGCCAGCAUUCAACUCGUCAAGGACAUUGCUAUAAUCCAAAAUAUGCUUGAAAAGGAGGAAGCGACAAUUGCUGAGGCAUAUGCCUUCUUCGAGAAGACAGUGUACCCUCAGAUCAAGAAGUCGGGUGCUGUCCUGCCCCAAAUAGCCAAGAAUCAGCUCACCAAUGUCUUACUGAACCAGCUGGCCGCCGAAAAGCCUCGCGACUUCGACUCCAACAAGCUCCCAUCCGUCACACGCAUUACAGAGAUUAUGGUCGAGCUGGAUGCGCUCAGGCCGACCAUAUGGGGCACCCUAAUGAUCCAGCUGAUCCAGCGCAUCCUCCACCAGAGCACAUCUCCUGAGGACUACUACUCGAUUGAAAGCUUCGACAGCGCAAUGGCCCGCAGAAACGCCUUGUUGCGCGACCUUGUUGGCGCAUGGAAAGCGUUCAGCCAGCAAAUGGUUUCUGAGGAGGAGCUGGCGUCUGCUGGACCGAAAACAUUCAGCCAGCGAAUGGUGUCGGAGGAGGAGCGGGAGUCUGCUGAACAAUCCCCGGAAGCUGAGCAGGAAUCGGGAAGUCCUCCCAAGUCUAAGCCAACAAAGCCAGCUUUCCAAGAGGUUCUGGAUGCAAAGUACCCCAAACACCUGGACUCAAAGCCAACUCUCAUGGAGGCUAUGGGUGUUAUGUUCCCCAGAUACCAGGGUCCAAGUCUCUUGAGGCCUACAUUCGCCGCGUACGCGACUUACAAAUUGUUGACUGAUCCGGUCAACCAGACCCGAACUAUGAGACCGGUAGCGCGGCCCUUCCUCCAGAUGAUGAAGACCUUGAUCUUCCGUUCCCGCUCUCCUCGCAUCGCGGACUUCGGGCCUGUCUUCGAGAACUUCCCAGAGAUGCUUCGUUUUAUGCAAACCGAUGGGCCAGCUAAUGAAGGCGCAUCUUCCUUCGUGUUGAGCCCUGUAUCGUUUCCUCGGCAGAACUGGGAACAGCUCAAAAUAGAUAUUCAUCAAAGGAUCGGACAAGCGAUCAAGAUCAGGAACAUCGGGGUGCUGAACAAGACGUGGUCCGACUUCUGGGGUCCGGAGCCUACCCCAGACGCCGCACGCAUCGAACAACUGAUCAAGUGCGAUGAGCUGUUCAACUACUUCGUCAUGGCCUAUCAGGCGCUGAGGCGCCCUCAACUUGCCAUCCAGGUAUGGAAUGGUAUGGAGCGAAUCGGCAUUAAGCCAACCAUCAAGACGUGGAAUUCCAUGCUUCAAGGUUGUGCAAUGUGCCGCAACGCCAACGGCAUCCGGGCCGUGUGGGGCAAGGUGAUCCAGUCCGGCAUGAAGCUUGACGCGCCCAUAUGGACGGCCCGUAUCGCUGGUCUCUUUGCCUGCGGCGAGCCCGACAACGCCCUCCGCGCACUCCAAGAGAUGGCCAAGGUCUGGUCGAUGCGCGAUGACCCCCAGUUCGCCAACGUGGCGGUUCAGCCGACCGUCGGACCCGUCAACGCCGCCAUCGCUGGCCUUAUCCGGUGCAACCGCGAAGACGAUGUACGUAAGGUCCUCGCCUGGGCCGCUAAGCAGGGCAUCGACCCAGACAUCUACACCUUCAACACUCUCCUGGGCCCCCUCGUCCGCCGUGGGGACAUGGAAGCCAUCGGCGAGAUCUUUGACAUGAUGCGCGCCAUCAACAUCAAGGCCGAUGUCGCCACCUUCACCGUCCUCCUCGAGGGCGCCCUCUCCGACAUCACCGCCCUGACGCCCGAGCAGCAGGUCAACUUGGUCAACCGCAUCCUCCACGAGAUGCGUUCCUCCGGCGUCCCCAUCAACAUGGAGGCUUACGCCAAAAUUAUUUACAUCCUACUCAACCAGUCCGGCGACCGCACCGGCAAGGCAGUCAAGACUGUCUUGGCACACAUCUGGCGACGCGGUCUGGAGUUAACUUCGCACAUCUACACCAUGAUGGCCGAGCAUUACUUCUCGCGCGACCCGCCCGACUCGCGGGCGGUCACGGCGUUAAUCGAGAACCGCAAGCUAUCCGAGAACCCGAACAUCGACCGCGUAUUUUGGGAGCGUGUGGUCAAGGGGUAUUGCCAGGCUGCCACGAGGCUGGCGGAGCUGGGGUACAGCGAUGGCAUGGAUGAGGUGCAGCGGGCGAUGGCUAUCUUUGAUCGGGUGUUUGUGCCUGGGGCGACGAUCACGUUUAGUGCGCUGUUUGAGCUGUUGAGGGCGUUGGUUGAGAGAAACGAGAUGGCGGCGGCUAAGAGGGUGGUUGAUGCGGCGGUGACGAUUGGCAGGUCUGAGGCGGAUGAGGAGGGUGGCGGAGAGGGCGAAGGAGGAGAGGGCGAGAGCCAAAAACCGAGGGCUUCGGUUUUCGCAGCACAGAUGCCGCCUGGGAAGAGGUACUGGAGGCAUCGGUUCUGGCAUCUUGCUUACCAGUAUGGGCUACUAGAUGAGAAGACUCAGAGCCUGUUUUUUGGGGGGCAGCGGAGGUUGCGGCGGUAG